AUCAGCAAAUUAAACCCCAAAGAAAAACAAACAAAAACCCACUUGGAUCAUCAUCCACCUCAAAUUCUUUAAUAAUUUCCUCAUCGAUGAUCUUGCAUGCAACGCAACAGGAGCUCUUGGCAGAAAAGUCCUCAAGAGUGGCAGAAGGGCUGAGAGAGAACCCAGAGGAGAAAAACCUAUGUGCCCUACUGGGGGAGGACACCCUCCCCACGGACCCACAAACAUUCGAACUUGUGGCCAGGUUCUGUCACGGCUACGCCGUCGACCUCACCGCCGACAACGUCUUCCCCGUCACCUGGCUGGCCUACCACCUCGGCAUGACCGACGACCACCGCCCCAACAACCUCCUCAUGAUGGCCUACGCCCACUUCCGCCACAACGUCCUCCCCAGCUGGAACAAGUCCUUGAGAGCCCUCCUAGUCAUGGAGCGCCACCUCGACCAGGCCGCCGAGCUCGGCCUCGUCGACGAGGCCGCUGAGUCCCUCGUCGCCCAGGCUCUUCUCGACCCUCGGCUCGUCGCAGACGAGCCGAUGGUCAAGAAAAGUACGGACGGCAAUGCUGCCAUCGUCCAGAGCAGGACGAGGGCGAACCCGAGGAGGACUCUGUUCGUCCCGGACUGGAAAACUGAGGACCUGACCGUCCUCGGGGUCAAGCUGUACGAGCCGAUCAUGGCGGCAAUGAUCUGCCGCCGUGUACCGCUCGAGUACUCCACCGCUUCUAUGUGCCGCUACUUCACAAAGCACAAAGCAGAAGGAGACAGAGAAGCGGUGGAAGCCGUCGAGAGGCUCUUGCCUGGCGGCGAGGACGACGACGACGAGGAAGAAGAAGUUGUUAUUCCCUUUCUAACCCUGGUGGAAAUGCUGGAGUCCGCCGAGGAGACGGGCUCGAGCGAGGAAUGCCGGGACGGGUUGGAGGGCAGAAUCGGGAAGCGCCUCGACGAGGCGACCGUCCCUGACCUGAUCUUCCUGUCCCGGCUCCCCGGAGACGGUCCAGAAGAAAAAUACAACGCCGAGCGCGUGAAGAGGAUACUGAAGAACUACUGUCGUUGCUACCGAGUCCCCGACAUCUCGGGAUUCGUGAAAGUGGGAGACGCAAUGGACGCCUUCGUGUCCUCGGUGUCCUCGGACCCCGAGCUGAAGGCGUCCGCGUUCGUCGCCCUCGGUGAGCUGUGCAACUCCGUGAGGGCGGCGACGAACGGGUGCUCGGACGCCCUCUACAGGGCGGCCGACGUGUUCCUCGAGAAGCACGAGUGGCUGAACGAGCGGGAGAGGGAGGCGGUGUGCGGGGUCGUCGACUGCAGCAGGAUGUCGGAGGAGGCGCGGGAGCACGCCGCGAGGAACCAGCGGAUGCCGCUGAGGCUGGUGGUGCAGGUGCUGUUCUUGAGCCAGAUGAAGCUGAGGGACACCAUUGUUUCCGGCGAGGGGGCGGCGGCGCCGCCAAAGUGGGAAGAGGGAGGAACAAGAAGAGGAGGGGAUAGUACUAAUAAUAAGAGUGGGACGAAGGAGAAGGGGGGGAGUUCAGUUAGCGUGUGGAAGAAAGUGAAGAGAAAGCUUGGGUGCAUGACCGCCGUGCAUGGUGGUUCUGUGAACUGUCACGUGAAGAAGAGGAACAAGGUCACACACUCCAACAUUGGAAAAUAGAGUUCCACUGCUAGCUUCUUUUUUUACUCCAAAAAAAACGGGAGUAUUUUGUUUAUUUUUAGAUGAGUUUGGAUUCUUUCAUUUUUAACUUUUCACCAUUUUUAAUGAAAUAAAUAUUUUAACUAUUG